AUGUAUAUGGAUACAUUUACAUCGUCACCAUCACCAUCACCUUCACCUUCACCAUUACAACAACAACAACAACAUGAUAUAGGUACAACAGCAAUAACAAGUGAUAAUUCAUCGUCAACAUCAAACCAACAACAACAACAAUGCUCAUCAGAGAAUUCUUCAAAUAUAGUUUUAAUGGCACCUAGUACAAAGAGAGACGAGCAUACUUAUAGUAGUGGUAGUAGUCCAGCUGCUGCUACUACUAGAGUAGGAGGAGGAGUAUCCAUAUUUGACAACAAACAACAAAUGAGACAUUUGGUCCAGGAAAUCGAGCCACCUACCAUCACUAUCAACAGUGGCACUGGAAGUAGUCCAUCCUCUCCUUUAUCGUCAUCGCCAAACUAUAUUGGAAAGAAACGACUCCAUUCAGACACCUUUAUGAACCAACUUCAACUCGAACAACAUGUCCAUAACGGUCAUCUUCAUGACCAUUCCCCGACCAAAUCCCCCUUCAAACCAAUGUCUCCAAGCAUCAGUAACCUCACCGAUGAAAAUAUUGAUGAACAAGAAGAAGAUGAUGAAGGAGAAGAACUACAAGAUAUUCAAGAACAAGGAAUUAUUGUCCCUUUUGCAACUACUUCUCAAACACAAGUACAACAACAAGAAGAAAAGGAAUGGGGAGAUUUACUUUAUUUUAAAUCACGUGCCGACUCAAUCGCUCUUGAUUUACCAAGUUUAAUGUUACCGAUUGAUAUAUUAGAGAUGAUAUUUUCACAGUUGUCAUUUCCAAAUAGAUGUUCGUGUGCUUGGUUGGAUAUUACAGUGGCUCCAUGUUCAUGUUAUUCGUGUUACACAUCGAAACCAUAUCAACGAUUAAAAGACUGGAUAGAACAUAUCAAACCAUCAUGCUUUUUACAAGACUCUCAACCAAUCCAACGAGUCACCUUUAGAUUAUUUCACAAUCCCACUCCAUCCGAACCACCUCAAUCCCCACUACUAUUGAAUCACCAUCACAUGAUGACAAUGGCCGGAUCAACUGGAGGAGGUUCUCUUAUAACUUCACCACCAAAUCAUCAUCAUCAUAAUCAUCAUCAUACUCAACAACAUCACAAUUAUCAACAUCAAUCAACUUUAACAGUACCAUCUAAUCCAAUAUCACCAAAUACUACUAAUAAUUUUAAUAAUAAUAAUAUUAAUAAUAAUAAUAAUAAUAAUAAUAAUAAUAAUAAUAAUAAUCCAUACCAUUCAUCAACAAUAUCAUCACCUUUAUUUUUAAAGGAUAGAGAUCCAAAUGGUAUUUUUUCACCUUUACAAGAAUGUACCAUAAAUCAUGGAUUACAUCGCGAUCAUAUCCAACAACAAAGUCAUUUCCUCGAUCUUGAAAAACCUCUGGCUUUGAUUAGCCAAGAUAUUGGCGCUGUGGCACCCCUCUCUGCCAUCCAUUCACUCUUGCAAACCAACAAGAUCAAUGACUUUAGACUCCGAGUUUGCAUCGACCUUCCCCACUCUAUUAAAAAGGAAGAAGAUUUGUUUCACAAAACUGAACAUUUCCAACAUUUAUCUGAAAUUGGUUUAUUAACUCAUAACUUUUUAGAUUCAAGUUAUAGUUCAGCAAUUAAAACAAGUUCAUUAUCAUUGGAAAAGGUAUUUGGUACAUUAUUUUCAUCACCUUUAACAUUUAUCAAUUUGAAAAGAUUAUUUUUGGUUACUACAGUUUUGGAGAAAUCAACAUUGGAUCAUUUUAGAAAUAGUCUUCCCAACUUGGAUGGAUUACAUUUAUCAGUUUGGAAUCAAGAUUUACCUCUGCUUUUUGAAAGUGUAGCAACCUCUUUUGGAUCACAACUACGAGAACUUGGCAUUCGAUUUACAGCUUGUCAAGGUAUUAAAUACUCUACAACAUUUUCACAUCGUGAUCGUAAACUCGAAGAUUCAAUGGUCGAUCAUCUUACUCAAGAAUGUCCAAACUUGGAAUACUUUUCAUUUGAAGGUUGGUUAGAAUGUCUAACUGAUAAAUCUUUAUCUUAUUUUAAUAGAUUAAAGAUGAAACAUUUAGUAUUAAGAAAUGGACCAGAUACAAGAGUUUGUAGACCAAUUUGGGCAAGAUUAAAAAUUGAGGUAGAUUAUGUUUGUGGCUAUAUUACAGAGGAUCAGAUGAUAUCUUUUAUCGAGAAUCAACCAAAUCUCAAAGUGUUUGAGAUAUCAGCAUCGGAAAUUGAAAAGUUCUCAAUAUUACCAAACCCAAACAACACCAACAUCAAUCCCAAUAACAAUGCUAGUUGUAAUAGUGAUGCAAGUGUCGUACCAACAUCUCCAGGUAGCGGUCAUUUAUCGGUUGAUUUUGUCAACAAUUUCAUUGAAAAGUGUCCAAAUAUCAAGUUGAUUAGAGUUGUCGAUUUGAAAAAUGAUCGUUCAUUUGUUGGUGGAAAUCGUAGUAAAUAUUUAAGAUAUACUCCUUUAAUUAAUCAUUAUGAUCAUAGUAGUAGUAAUAAUAAUAAUACAAAUACAAAUAAUCAUUCAAAUAAUUUAAUUUCAAUGUCAAAUAAUAAUAAUAAUAAUAAUAAUAAUAAUAAUAAUAAUAAUAAUAAUAAUAAUAAUAAUAAUAAUAAUAAUAAUAAUGAUGAUCCAAACAACAAUAAUGGUAAUAGUACUAAUAGCAAUAAUAAUAAUAAUAAUAAUAAUAAUAAUUCCAACAAUAAUAAUAAUAAUAAUACUAAUAAUAAUAAUAACCAACAACAUAGUAAUAAUAAUAAUACACAAAAUAAUAAUAAUAAUAACCAUUCCAAUGAUAGUAAUAAUAAUAAUAAUAAUGGUCGUAGAUAUAGAGGUUGUAUGAGCCAUACCAACAACGAUUCAAAUACUAAUAGUGAUACCAAUGAUGUUCGAGAACUCUUUUCUAUUUUGUAA